CAGAGCCCCGCCCCUCAGAGAGGUCAGGUGCAGAGUUGUCCAAUCACAGCCAAGAAACAGAAGACGGAGGCCGGCGCUCUGAGCGACUGGCUGCUGGGAACUCCUGCAGCAAGCAGCGCUCCCAUUGGUUACCAGUCCAGCAAGAACCCUCAGGAUUGGCUGAUGGCACACAAGGAGAGCAAGACUUCCUGUCCCGUCCUGUCCUCGGUGGACUUCCUGCAGGCCUGGGGUCAGCUCAGGGACCUGGAGGCGUGGCUCCUGCAGGAGGCCCCCGUCAGCAGGGAGAGGGCCGACAGCAGCUGCAGCUCCUCCUUCUCCAUCGAGAAGAUCGACGAAUCAGAGCUCGCCAUCUCCCCCGAGGAGGAUGAGGAGGAAGGAGAAGAAGAGGAGGAGCUGAGCGACUGGCUCAUCACCCCGCCCACUGUUGCUAUGGAGACCAUGUCAGAUGCCGAGCGGUGGCGGCGGGUGCUGAAGCCGUUCGAGGAUGGCUGGUCGUCCAGCGAUUGGCUGGCGGGGCCGAGCCGUCCCCCCGCCGACUGCGCCUCCUGCUGUCAGACCUCCACCCGGGCCCUGGAGAUCGAGAACCUGGGCCAGCUCAAGUGCCUGAAGACCCCGCCCACUCCCAGCCCCGUCUCCAGCCCCGCAUCUCCUGCCCCCCUGACGGCGGCGGCCCUGGAGGCGUGGCUGCAGCAGGUGGCACCGGUGCAGAAGAACUGCAAGGCCAACGAGAUCUGCUCCGCC